AUGAUAUACCAAACCUAUACGACUUCACGCUCACAACCAGCUCGAGUUCCCCCCGAAACCCUCGAAACCAUGGGUCGGACUGUUGAUCAAGAGGUGCAUGCCGCCUUCGUUGAGUUUCGAGCAAAGGAGGAUGACAAAGUACGAGAAGACGCCUUUUCCAAACCCUCGUACACGUGUGUUAUGGUGCUAAUACAGGAAACGCGUAUUUCAGUGCCUUUCAGUUCAAUGUAUUUACUGCCAGCAAAUCCGCGCGAAGAAUACGUCGCGACAAAAACAACAUCUUCUCGAAUGUCCUGGCUUGCGCGGCCAUCCUAA